UCGUCGAAAUAUUGUAGGGGGCGCUAUUGAGCCGACUUGCUACUCUGAAGCAUUAAUAUCACAUCAGAUAACUACAUUCAGGAUUUUAAAUGUGUGUCACAAGUUUGAUUAUGUUUUGAGCAUUUUUAAACUCUCAAAAAUACCUUCAUUUUUCAUGGCGAAGAAUGCGUCCCCAUGGCAACGGCUUUUAACGAAACAACAAGCUUUGAGUAACUUUUCAUCACAACGGUCUUUAGAUUGUUGUGGCCAAAUUUGAAGUUGAUUCGAUCAUUUCCCAAGGAGGAGUUCGUUAGAGUACAGCGCUUGGAAAUGACAGGAACCUCAAGAACUACUGAAGACAUUUUACUGAAUGUUGGACUUUAAUGUCGUCUUUUGAUUUCUGUCAUUUUCUCUCUGAACAGAAACAACUGAGUCAUGUCUGCUGAUGAUACAGACAACGUGUUCGACCUGAACGAGGUCCCGGAGACGGAGCUGCUGGACAACAGCAUCCAGAAGGGCCGCGCCCAGCUGUCCGUCAAAGCCCGGAGGAACCGCCCCUCCAGGUCCCGGUACCGUGACAGCGUGAGCUCCACGGAGGGUGACGACAGUCUGGAGAGGAAGCAGGACAGCCCAUUACACUUCGCCCGCUCACCUCUCCACCUGGCCAUGGGAGGCUCCUCCCCCUCUCCUGAUUCACUGCUGUCGGUUCGAAGCCCCGCCUUCUCCUUCGACUCCUCCCUGGUGCGUCACUCUCCAGAGGAUGAAGGAGCCUCAUUGGCUGCCUCCCCGCGUGGGCGGUACCGUCAGCUGACCAAUGCCACGUCUCAGGAGGCCCUGGUGACUCCCAGCAGCUCGCCCUCGCAGUCCUGCCCCUCCUCCGACUGUUCCCGGGUCUACAUGAGGAGGAGCAGGAGGCCCGACAGCGAAGUGUUGGUUUCUGAUUCGAGUCGGGACACAAGUCCAGCUGAUCCCGGCAGUCCAACUGUUGUCUUCGACAAGAAAACCAAGAGACGUUUUCUGGAUCUCGGGGUGACUCUCAGACGUUCGUAUAUCAGAGUGAGGAAAGAUAAAUCCAACAGGCUCUCUGUGGGCAGCCGGGAGCCGUCUGAGAGUCCGUCUCGGUCUUCAGGAUCUUUCGUCCCGUUCUCCUGGUUCACUGAAGGACGGGGAUCGCCUUCCUCCUUCGGGACGCCACCUGGCUCCCCUAAAGCCCCCACAACAAGUUCACCGAGGCCCCAAAGGUCUCACUCCCAGGAUGCCACUGUCAAGUAAAGCAAAACCAGCAGGACGCAGGGAGCAGACAACAAGUCCUGUAUGGAGUGUGUGCAAA